AUGGCUCAAUCUAAGAAUAUAGACAAAGUUCUUGAUAUGCAUAGUGAUGAAACUAUUGCAAAUAACCGUUUAAGGUUGAAGACAUCUAUUAAUGCUAUUCGAUGGCUUGCAUUUCAAGCAUGUGCAUUUAGAGGCGAUGAUGAAAGUCUUGGAUCUUUAAAUAGGGGAAAUUUUAUUGAGUUAAUUAAGCUUUUAGCUUCCUGUAAUCAGAAUGUUCAUAAUGUUGUCCUUGAAAAUGCUCCUGGAAAUGCUCAAUAUAUAUCUCCCAGUGUUCAAAAAGAUAUAUUGCAUAUCUUUGCUAGAAAAGUGCGUGCAACAAUUCGAGAAGAAAUUGGUGAUUCUAAAUUUUGUAUAAUUAUUGAUGAAGCAAGAGAUGAGUCAAAGCGAGAACAAAUGUCUGUGGUUUUGAGAUUUGUAGACAAGCACGAAAUUUCAUCAGUUCUUUCUCGUCAUAAUCUUGAUGUCCAAAAUCUUAGGGAAAAAGGGUACGAUGGAGCUAGUAAUAUGCGUGGUGAAUGGAAUGGAUUGCAAGCUCUAUUUUUGAAAGAUUGCCCUUUUGCUUAUUACAUUCAUUGUCUUGCUCAUCGAUUACAAUUAGCACUUGUUUCUGCAGCCAAAGAAUUAAGGGUUGCUCAAGCAAAUAAUGUUGCAAACUUAAUUGCUAAUGAUCAAAUUGUGACAGGUAGUGGACUUAAUCAAAUUGCUUGUUAUGCAUGUGUUGAUGCUACUUGUGAAGUUCUUGAAAAAAGUACCAAAGAAGGUAAUUUCUCUACUCGUGGUGAUGCUAGUGCUGCUUAUGAUGCUAUCACAUCCUUUGAAUUUGUCUUUAUUUUGCAUUUGAUGAGAAAUAUUUUGGAAGUUAGUCAUGAUCUUUGUCAAGCUUUGCAACGAAAAAAUCAAGACAUAUUGAAUGCUUUAACUCUUGUUUCUACUACGAAGACUUUAAUCCAAAGAAUGAGAGAAUCAAGUUGGGAGGCUUUCAUAAAAGAAGUUAUAUUAUUUUGUGAGAAACAUGAAGUUGAAGUUCCUGAUAUGAAUGCAUUGCAUAUUCCUAGAAGAGGUCAGACUCGCAAAAUUGUUGAUCAAAUUUCAGUAGAGCAUCAUUACUGUGUUAAUUUAUUUCUGGCUAUAAUUGAUACACAAUUGCAAGAGCUUAAUGGAAGAUUCAAUGAUAAUAUGGUGGAAUUGCUUACUUUAAGUUCAACUUUAGAUCCCAGAGAUAAUUAUAAGUUCUUCAGUGUCAACAAAGUAUGUGAAUUAGUAGAACGGUUUUAUCCAGGUGACUUCAGUGACCAAGAGAAAUUUCACAUUAGAAUGCAAGCUCAACAUUAUGAACUUGAUGUUCCUAAUCAUAUUGAGUUAACUAACUUGUGCACAAUUUCGGAGUUAUGUCAAGGAUUAACGAAGACAGGAAAGUCUUUAACAUAUCCUUUGAUUGAUCGUUUGAUUCGCUUGGUAUUAACUCUCCCUGUUUCAACUGCUACAACUGAGAGAUCUUUCUCUGCUAUGAAUAUUGUGAAGAAUAGACUCAGAAACAAAAUGGAAGAUGAAUUGCUUGCUAAUUGUCUUUUGAUUUACAUUGAGAAGAAGAUUGCUGAAAGAUUUGACACAGAUUCUAUUAUCAAUGAAUUUUAUGAUAUGAAGAAUCGACGUGUACCACUUCACUGGAUAGAUUAUAAUACCGAGAGUGAUGAAGAGUUUGAAGGUAAUUAUGAAGUUAUUGGUCCAACUGAAGAUGUGGAAGAAGAUGAUAUAUCAGUUGAGGGAGAUGUAGCAGAUGUUGCUAAUGCACUAGUGGAUCAACAUUCAUUAUAG